CGGCCCCGCCGCGCCAUGUCGGACUACAGCACGGGAGGACCCCCGCCCGGGCCGCCGCCGCCCGCUGGCGGCGGCGGGGGAGCCGGGGGAGCCGGGGGCGCCGGGGGAGGCCCUCCGUCGGGCCCGCCGGGCGCGGGGGACCGGGGCGGCGGCGGCCCCGGCGGCGGCGGCCCGGGCGGGGGGUCGGCCGGGGGUCCCUCCCAGCCGCCCGGCGGGGGAGGCCCGGGAAUCCGCAAGGACGCUUUCGCCGACGCCGUGCAGCGGGCCCGCCAGAUCGCAGCCAAAAUUGGAGGCGACGCUGCUACCACAGUGAACAACAGCACUCCUGAUUUUGGUUUUGGGGGCCAAAAGAGGCAGUUAGAAGAUGGAGACCAACCGGAGAGCAAGAAACUGGCUUCCCAGGGAGACUCCAUCAGUUCUCAACUUGGACCCAUCCAUCCUCCCCCCAGGACUUCAAUGACAGAAGAGUACAGAGUCCCAGACGGCAUGGUGGGACUGAUCAUCGGCAGAGGAGGCGAACAGAUCAACAAAAUCCAGCAGGACUCAGGCUGCAAAGUCCAGAUCUCUCCAGACAGCGGCGGCCUACCCGAGCGCAGCGUGUCCUUGACGGGAGCCCCAGAAUCUGUCCAGAAAGCAAAGAUGAUGCUGGAUGACAUUGUGUCUCGGGGUCGUGGGGGGCCCCCAGGACAGUUCCACGACAAUGCCAAUGGGGGCCAGAACGGCACCGUGCAGGAGAUCAUGAUCCCCGCGGGGAAGGCCGGCCUGGUCAUCGGCAAAGGCGGGGAGACAAUUAAGCAGCUGCAGGAGCGAGCUGGAGUGAAGAUGAUUUUAAUUCAAGAUGGCUCCCAGAACACGAAUGUGGACAAGCCUCUCCGCAUCAUUGGGGAUCCUUACAAAGUACAGCAAGCCUGUGAGAUGGUGAUGGACAUUCUCCGGGAACGCGACCAGGGUGGCUUUGGGGACCGGAACGAGUACGGAUCCCGGAUUGGCGGGGGCAUCGAUGUGCCAGUGCCCAGGCAUUCUGUCGGGGUGGUCAUUGGCCGGAGUGGAGAAAUGAUCAAGAAGAUCCAGAACGACGCUGGCGUGCGGAUACAGUUUAAGCAAGACGAUGGGACAGGUCCUGAGAAGAUCGCUCACAUAAUGGGGCCCCCAGACCGGUGCGAGCACGCGGCGCGGAUCAUCAAUGAUCUCCUCCAGAGCCUCAGGAGUGGUCCCCCCGGUCCACCAGGGGGUCCUGGCAUGCCCCCGGGGGGCCGGGGACGAGGAAGGGGCCAAGGCAACUGGGGCCCUCCUGGCGGAGAGAUGACCUUCUCCAUCCCCACUCACAAGUGUGGUCUGGUCAUCGGCAGAGGCGGGGAGAACGUGAAAGCCAUAAACCAGCAGACGGGCGCCUUCGUGGAGAUCUCCCGGCAGCUGCCGCCCAACGGGGACCCCAACUUCAAGUUGUUCAUCAUCCGGGGCUCACCCCAGCAGAUUGACCACGCCAAGCAGCUCAUUGAGGAGAAGAUUGAGGGUCCCCUCUGCCCAGUUGGACCAGGCCCAGGGGGACCAGGCCCUGCAGGCCCCAUGGGGCCCUUCAACCCUGGGCCUUUCAAUCAGGGGCCACCUGGGGCUCCCCCACAUGCGGGCGGUCCCCCUCCUCACCAGUACCCACCCCAGGGCUGGGGCAAUACCUACCCCCAGUGGCAACCACCUGCUCCUCAUGACCCGAGUAAGUACACUGCAGCCGCCGCAGACCCCAACGCCGCCUGGGCCGCCUACUACUCACACUACUACCAGCAGCCCCCAGGCCCUGUGCCCGGCCCUGCACCGGCCCCCGCGGCCCCCCCUGCCCAGGGCGAGCCCCCUCAGCCCCCACCCGCCGGCCAGUCAGACUACACUAAGGCCUGGGAAGAGUAUUACAAAAAGAUCGGCCAGCAGCCACAGCAGCCCGGAGCGCCCCCGCAGCAGGACUACACGAAGGCCUGGGAGGAGUACUACAAGAAGCAGGCUCAAGUGGCCACCGGAGGGGGUCCGGGAGCACCCCCAGGCUCCCAGCCAGACUACAGCGCCGCCUGGGCCGAAUAUUACAGACAGCAAGCCGCGUACUACGGCCAGACUCCAGGUCCUGGCGGCCCCCAGCCUCCACCCACACAGCAGGGACAGCAGCAGGCAAGUGGGAAUUGCCACCCUCCUCCUCCUCCUUUUUCCUUCCAACCCCCGGCCACCGUCCAUCCUGCCUUAGUGGGUAGCGCCGGAAAUCCCUUCCCCUGCGGGGUGUGUCCUUGAUGCCUGCAGCGGGGGCCGUGUGGCCAGAGGUCUCCGGGAGUCCUCACGAGCUGGGGACGUGUGCGCUGGGUCCAGAGGUUAAACGAAGAGGCCUCCCUGCGCCGGCCCGCUUGUUCCUGUGUCACGCUGUUGCGAUGCUGGGGGAAGCGCGAAACACACAAGGUCGAACUGUUGAACUGGUGGGUAGUCCUGGGGGUGGGGGGCAGGCCAGCAGCACAGACGUUGGUCGCCGUCCUGGCUGCUAACUCGCUCACUCAAAAUCUGGCCACUUGGGAAGAAAACGGAUGUGUUUUCCCCUCUCUGCAUUACUUUUUUGGGUUUUGUUCUUGGCAUUCUUUUAUUUUUAACCCCACGAUCUUUUCCUUGUGUCCAAGUGACUGUGUUGCAGGCGGCCCCAGCGUGGGUCAGCCCUGGCUCUGGUGGGACUCGGGGAGCUUGCCAAGGGGGCCGGCCCCAGGGCCCCUCCCGCCCCGCCUGGGCUCCGCCUCCUCUGCUCUCGCGCCUGCCUCUGUGUCCCGGUUUUGUCUGUGAAGUGGGCAUGACGAUCGUCGCCACCUUCCAACCUACCUCACAGGGGUGUUGUGGGGACACCGUGAUCUCUGAGAUUGUCAUGUUGUGAUGCGCCAGAGCACCUGCCUUCCGAAGACAGAGGGCGCCCCUCCUCCCUCCCAGACCCUGAGCGCGCUUCUCGCCCUCUCCCUGCUCUCUGCCUCUGCGGCCCCGCUUCUCUCCUCCUGGUCCUCAUGUCCCUCUCUCCCCCCUCCUCCAUCAAGGAGCCGGUCUGACUUCAGCCGAGUCCCCGGAGCACUUGACUAGACAGUUACAAACACAUGGUUCCAGCCUGAGCUCACCACAGGCCGAGGAGCGGGGCUUCUUGGCCCCUCCUUGCCACCGUCCCCGUCUCUCCCGCCCCCCUCCCCUCCCCGGAGUGACCAAUUCCUAUCUCUUCCCUCUCCGCAGGCUCAAUGACUCGAAUGAAUGUGAACUUCUUCAUCUGUGAAAAUCUUUUU